GAGCGCGGAGCGCGGAUAAAUGUAGCGCCGCGGCGCGGCCGGCAGCUCUCCGAGGGCCGGAGCGCGCGGAGCCAUGCAGUACCCGCACCCCGGGCCGGCGGGCGCCGUGGGGGUGCCGCUGUACGCGCCCACGCCGCUGCUGCAGCCCGCGCACCCGACGCCCUUCUACAUCGAGGACAUCCUGGGCCGCGGGCCCGCCGCCCCCAGCCCCGCGCCCACGCUGCCGUCCCCCAACUCCUCCUUCACCAGCCUCGUGUCCUCCUACCGGACCCCGGUGUACGAGCCCACGCCGAUCCACCCAGCCUUCUCGCACCACUCGGCCGCCGCGCUGGCCGCCGCCUACGGACCCGGCGGCUUCGGGGGCCCUCUCUACCCCUUCCCGCGGACGGUGAACGACUACACGCACGCCCUGCUCCGCCACGACCCCCUGGGCAAACCCCUGCUCUGGAGCCCCUUCUUGCAGAGGCCUCUGCAUAAAAGGAAAGGCGGCCAGGUGAGGUUCUCCAACGACCAGACCAUCGAGCUGGAGAAGAAGUUCGAGACCCAGAAAUACCUCUCCCCACCCGAGAGGAAGCGUCUGGCCAAGAUGCUGCAGCUUAGCGAGAGACAGGUCAAAACCUGGUUCCAGAAUCGACGCGCUAAGUGGAGAAGACUAAAACAGGAGAACCCUCAAAGCAAUAAAAAAGAAGAACUGGAAAGUUUGGACAAUGCCUGCGACCAGAGGCAAGACUUGCCCAGUGAACAGAAUGAAGGUGCUUUGGAUAGCUCUCAAUGCCCGCCCUCCCCUCGCUCCCAGGAAGACCUUGAAUCAGAGAUUUCAGAGGAUUCCGAUCAGGAAGUGGACAUCGAGGGUGAUAAAGGCUAUUUUAAUGCUGGAUGAUGACCGCCAACGUUGGCACGUUCAGAAAACUGGACUUGGGAAUAACAUUUGCUACAGAAAAUCUCCAUAGAUGAACUGGAAAACCAUAUGAGAAAGGGAAUCAAUUUUCUGCUAUUCUGGAAACCGAAAAUAUUUGGUGCACUGGCUAAAUAACAAACUCACAUUGAAAGCUGAAUUUUGACUUAAAAAAUAGUUUAUGUACUGAUUUUAGGUUGUAUGAUAAAGGGACGCCACUGAUUAAAUUCACCCCCCUUUUUAAAAAAGCAAAUUGUUUUUCUAUUUAUAAAAAGUAAUUGUGAACUUUCUUGUUAAAAUUUUAAGUUAUAACUUUAAAGAUUUUAAUAGAAUCUUUUUGAAUGACUUUUCUAUAAUCUGUAUCUACAUCCCACUUAGGGGAAAAGCAAAGGGGCACCCCAAAUCCAGAGCUAUGCCUUGGAACGGGGACCCACAUUUCAUGCAGCCUUGGAAAAUUUUAAAAGGCAACAUUCUUUUAUAUUACAUUCUUAUACUGCUGCCUUAAAUCCAAACCCUUCUCGGAGCUCUUGUCUUGGGAUGUGCGGGUUCUUUUUGUCCUGGAGAUCAAGUUGAUAAUCUUACAUGCUUGUUGUGCACUGUCACUUAGUACCUAUUUGACCAAGGUGUUAAGUACAGUCCAAUUCAAGCAGGGAAACUGACUCAUCGGUGACUAAAAUUAAGCACAGAUGAACUAGAAGUAGCGGGUUAAUUAAAUGUAAGUAGAUUGUAGAUAUUGUGUUUAUCAAACAGUGUUUAUAAUGUGUAUAUAUAUAUAAUUGUUCACUGUAAAAAACAUGGCCAAAAUGUUUUUUUUUUUUUGAAUGAGUAACUUGUCUAUAAAAUAAAUCCGUCGGUGGGACGAACGAC